UUCUCUGUGACCGUGGAAUUUUACCAGUCCGUAUAUCCGUAUUGUUCAUACAUGCGUUCAGUUUUUUAACCGUGCCUUCCGAAAGAACAGUGUUUUGUGGUUCAGUUCUAUUCAGUCGUAGAUAUCACACAAUUGAGACAUACGGUCGGUUAAAGUAGUUAAGCGUAGGUGCCAGUGGCGAAAGGAAACAGAGUUACAUCAAGCUGGCUCUGAUGCUCGUGUAUAAUUAUCCGUGCUAACGUCCAUAGAUAAUCUACGACACAUUGGCGCGCGCUGAAGUGUGAGGAGUGUGAGACAUUGGUUGUUGUGUGAAAUGGAUGUGACGAGAGGAAAUUUCCGCGAAGUGAUUUUAGAGCUGGAGCGUGUAAUUCCGGCAGCACAGUUUCUAGCCAUAGAUGGGGAAUUCACCGGAUUGCGUGCUGGCCAAGACGUAAAUGCGUUUGAUACACCAUCGCAGUAUUAUUCUAAACUUCGUAGUGGCUCGAUGGGCUUUUUACUGGUUCAAUUUGGAUUGUGUGCUUUCAGCUACGAUAAGGAAAAUGACAAGUAUAUGCAUCGAGCAUACAAUUUCUACAUUUUCCCAAAGCAACAGGUCCCGUCAUCACCUGAUCAACGGUUUCUGUGCCAGAGUUCUAGCAUUGAUUUCCUUGCUUCUCAAGGAUUUGAUUUUAACAAAUUAUUCACAGAGGGAAUAUCUUACUUAACGCAACCAGAGGAACAGAAACUGCGAGACCAUCUGGAAGAAAAACAUAAAUCUUGCAGCAAUACAAACAGUUCUUCUCCUGGUACAGAAGAAAAUUCUUACUCGAUUCCUAUUCCUGAUGAAUAUGUAUCUGCAGUUGAAGAUGCUUGCUCUCGUAUUGAGGCCUUUUUGGCAAGUUCAGAGCCAGAGGAGUUGGAAUUGGAUCGCUGCAAUGCAUUUGUUCGGAAACUCAUCUUCCAAACAGUGCAUCACCGGUUUGAUAGUAAUGCAGUACAGCUAGAAUCACGUGUGACAGAGGGCAGGAAUCGUGUCCUGGUUGUGACACGGUGUGGAAGCCCUGAAGAGAGGAAGAAGAGAGAGAAAGAAAAAAGGGACAAGGAGUUGCAGGAUCUUGAAGAUGCUGUUGGCUUCAGUUUAGUUUUGAAAAAGAUCUCACAGUCGGGGAAGCUAAUAAUUGGACAUAACAUGCUACUUGAUGUAUGUCAUGUGAUCAAUCGGUGCUACUUCCCAUUACCUGAAGACUAUUCAGAAUUUAAGGAAAUGGUGAAUUGUGUAUUCCCUAAGGUCCUGGAUACAAAGUAUAUGUCAGAUUUACCGCUAUUCAAGAAUCGUAUGAGCUCAAACAUAUUGGGCCAUAUGUACAAGACCUUAUCUGAAGAGCCUUUCAAGAUGUGUAUAGCAAAGUCUGAGGAAGAGGGACAUGGAUACAACACCUUGAAUGACAAGUAUCAUGAAGCAGCUUAUGAUGCCUACGUUACUGGCCUUUGUUUUAUUACAAUGGCCAAUCACUUAGGCUCCCUGCAGAACCCGAAAGUGUAUCCAGUACUCUCUUCAUCGCCCCUUCUUAAUCCAUAUUUGAACAAGUUGUUUCUUGUAAGAGUGCAGGAUUCCCCUUACAUCAAUCUUGUUGGUAAAGAUCCUAUAGUAUCCCGUGAUCAUGUUUUCUUUGUCAGCUUUCCAAAAGAGUGGAAAACUUAUGACCUUACACAGCUUUUCAGCCCCUUUGGUGGUGUGUUCAUUGCAUGGCUCAGCAACACAUCUGCAUAUGUUGCUCUUUACCAUCGUGACCAAGCUUCGCUUGUCCUGAAAACCCUGACACAGAGUGACACAUAUAUUGUGAUGACAUAUGCAGCACAUCAGCAACUUCAGGAUGAAAGGGCUGUGUGCAAGUGUGCUCACAGUAGUGGAAAGUCCAUGUGUUCAUCUUGUAUAAGGAAGAGGACUGUUACCAAACAGCUGGUCCCAUCCUCCCCCACAACCACCAGUGUCAGAAAGCGGCGAUCGAUGGAAGCUCUUCAAGAAGAGCCAGAAGUCCAGACAUCAACACUGAAGCGCAAAAGAAGUUCAAGUUUUGGAGACAAAACCAGCUACUCAAACCGAAUUAUUGAUCCAAUACCAGAGGAGGAAGAAAUGGACAUUGUGAGACAUAAUGAACAGGCAUCUACAAUUGAAGCAGGUGGCCAUGGAAAGAGAAGAACAAGCUCUGUUGAUGGUACUGAUUCAUCAGAGAGACAUGGCUCCAGCCUUGGUGACAACGCCAAGCGACAAUCAAAACACAGACAGUUUUUUGAAGAAAGUGAUAUGUGGGACUGAGAGUCAAACCUUUGUUCUUUAUAAUUGGUUUUUACUAGAUGUAUAAUGAUUAUGACCAGUAUAUCUAAUUGACACUGAUGUUCGUAAUUGGGCAGUUGAAAGAGUAUGUAACCAAGGAACGAAUUCAUUUUUUUUAUAAUGGAACACUUUUUCUUUUUCCAGAACUCUUAGAGAUGUUGAAUAGAUGACGUUUGAAUGUUUCUAUUGAAUAACUUUUUUUUUUUCCUGGAUAAACAUGGUGCUCCGCUCAUAGAUCCAACACAGAUAUGUAUUAUUGGUAUCUUCAAAGUAAUUAAUUACUUUGUUCAUUAGUAAAGACCUUCCACAUUAUGUGUGUUAUAUUGUUGUAUGGACCUUCAAACUCCCAUGGUUUCGAAACCUUUAUGGUGAUAAUGUCAGAGAUCAAACAUAUUUUAUCAGAUGUCAGUGUAAAGUUGUUUCUUUAAUUAGAGCUUGGAGAAAAAAGAAACUUGGUAAAAUGUUAGUCGCAUUGAAUAUAAGCAUGGAAGUGUGCAGUAAAAAUUCCUGGUGAUAGCAGAUUUUCUCAGUAAACGUGACACAAAAAUACUUUACUGAUGAAAAGAGAAAUCAGCUCUUCCAUUUUGAGAAUGCGCAUUUGAAUUAAAUGGCUGCGAUUGUUUUGUAGUGCCAUUUUGGACAAAUUAUUUAUUAAGUAUUUAAUCAGGAUCUCUUGCAGUUGGGCACAUGUUGCAAAGUAAAGGUGAAUUUUAAUCAUGAUGAAAUCACGCUUUCAACUUGUAUAGUAGGUACUUCCAUUGCGGCGGUGGUGGUGGCGGCGGCAGCAGCGAUGUAUUUAAGGGAAAAAUUGGUGGACUAGCCUUCAUCAAAGCAUAGCUGUGUAUGAUGCCUAGGAAUGUAUGAUACUUCCUUAUCAAUGAAUAUUCAGUAUUUAGUGCUCACAUAACUCUAAUUGCAUACCAAAUUUUCUUCUGUAAAGAGACAUACAUUUAGGCAGGGAGUACAAUAGGGCAGAAGUGGCCGCAGUACAAGGCACUUAGUCCUACCCCACUAGCAAUAAAAAAAAUGCAAUGUAAGGGACUAGAAAUCAGAGAUAUUUGGAAGCAUAUAAAUAUUUCAGAUUUUAUCAUGUCAUAUAUCUGACUUUUUUUAAGAAUUGCAUGAUUGACUUACGUUACCCUAUUAAAUAAUAAAGCCUGUGUAUAUGAA